AUGAGAAGGAUACGAGGUGGCCCAGGACCCGCCCGAUUACCCUCGGUACUGCUGCAUCUGCUACCGCUUCGUCUGGUACUUUUGCUAAUAGUAUUGGUAGUACUAACUGUGGGAGGAAUAGCAAAAUGUGAAUUGCCAGAAGAUGGACUGAACGAAGUAGACACACCAACCAGAACUGAGAAACGCAUUAUGGAUAUCCUGAACUCAGUUAGCGUUAGUCAUUCCAUUAAACGAGAAAGGAACCUACUGGACGACGUGAUAAACUAUAUACACUAUUUGAAGGUUCUCAGUUUAGUAGCCCCGCGUGAGAAUGUAGAGGCCCAGGGUUUCAUUAAUGUAGAUACUACUGGGAAGGGAGUCAAGGGGAAGGGAAGACUUCACAUUGUAUACUCUCCGCAGACAAAAAAUUACAAAAAUAAUUUAAACGAUGUGAGGAAGGAAAUUAAUAAGGUUUUAUUUACGUAA